UUAUUUAAUUUCUAUUGACGGAUCGGCGUCGACGCAUUAUGUUGCCUUCAUCAUCAUUGUCGUCGUCGUCGUCGUCGUCAUCGUCGUCAUCGUUGUUAAUAUUUGUUUUAUUUGUUUUGUUAUUUUUAUUAUUGUUGUGUUAUAUUGAACAGUUUCGGCGGCGUCACAACCGAUUUUUAUACGAGUACGAUGAAUAGAUCAUACGGGCGAUAGUGAGCGGCGGGCGACGACGCGACAACGGUGGUGGCCACGAACGUGGAAGGGAUCGGUCACGGGGAGCGUGUCGGUUGACUGCGGCGAGUCAAAGUCGUACCGUUCUCGCGCUCAACAGGUCCGGCGUUAUAUCUCCGUGCGACGUGCUGCUCGCAGCAGAUUUAUAGCGGCGUGCCAUAUCGCUCCGGACAGACCGUCAACGUGCCUGGUAAAUAUUCAGCCGAAAAACAACAUUAUUAUUCCAUUGCCACGUCGUAUUUUGUUUUCCUCACUCCGGGGACCAAUCUGUGCAGUGCGCGUGUCUCAUCGCACGUCCCGUGCAUCCACACACCCACACUUCCGCACACUCGCACUCCCACGCACGCACACACACACACACACACAUAUUGUCGUUUCGCGGGGGGCUAUAUAGUCUGAGAGCGGCUCUUUGCGCGUGCGUGGAUGCGUGCGCUUUUAUAUCGCGCGCCCCAUACAAAAAAAAAACGGUUCGCUCAUCGGAUCUCCGGCCCUCGCGUGAGCGACGGGUGCCGUGGUACUCGUCUGCGGACGGUUCUGCGGAUCGCACUGUGCCGGUGGUCAUGACGUUCCGGACCAAGGGCCUCAACAAGCAGCAACAACAGCUACAGCGCGGGCAACAGGACUCGCACUAUCCCAACAACAAUCACCGACUGCACCGAAACCGUUACGACGACGAAGGCGAUGACGAAAACACCUGCACGGGCACGGUGGCCGACCAUCAGCCACCGUCAUUCGUAGCUUUGGGUGACGCGGACAAAUGUAUACACAAGGUGUUAACUACUCCUAGUAAUUCUAAUGGAACAUUGAAUCCUGAAGCACAUGAAUUCAAGUACAAGUCAUUGCCUGAAAUACUAUCAAAAUCUGACGAUGAACCAAAUAAAAAAAAUUCGGAAAACAACAAAAAGAUUAAAGGAUAUAUGUAUAUGAAUGGAGACGUAGGAAAAAUUUCAAUUGGGACACAUUACAGUCCCUCUGAACCACUGACUGUUUCUACUGCCACAAACACUUCUUACAGUUCCAUAAAUGGAAGUUAUGAAGUGUCGGCAUCGGAUAGUAGAAGUGGUACAGUAAUUUUAACUGGAAAAAAUAGCACAAUGGUUAACGCUGAGACUUCUACUGAAAAUAUGCCAUCACAAUCAGUAGAACAACUCAAACAACUUCUAUCAAAUCAGUUAGAAUAUUAUUUUUCAAGAGAAAAUUUGGCAAAUGAUGCGUACUUAUUGUCACAAAUGGAUAAUGACCAAUAUGUUCCAAUAUGGACAGUUGCCAAUUUCAAUCAAGUAAAAAAAUUGACUAAGGAUAUUAAGCUGAUAACUGAAGUAUUGAGAGAGUCGCCAAAUGUUCAAGUUGAUGAUGAAGGAUUAAAAGUCCGCCCAAAUCACAAACGUUGUAUUGUCAUCUUGCGGGAAAUUCCUCAAACUACUCCAAUAGAAGACAUUAAGGGAUUAUUUGCUGGUGAAUCAUGUCCUAAAAUGAUAUCAUGCGAAUUUGCUCAUAAUAAUUCAUGGUAUAUUACUUUUGAAAAUGAUGAAGAUGCACAAAGAGCAUUUUUGUAUCUUCGUGAAGAGGUUAAAGAAUUUCAGGGUCGACCAAUUAUGGCACGUAUCAAAGCAAAGCCAAUGAAUCGCAUGGCUGCACCAAUAUCACCUGGUGCUGUAGCUGGAAUUCCGGGCAUGAAAACAGUAAAUGGUUUUAGAACUCCCCCAAUGCAAGCUCAACCUAUCAACCCAUACAUAGAUCAAGGCCCAGGUGUCACACAAUCUGGACCUCCUGCACCACCCCCUCAACAUCCUCAAGCUGCCAGAUUGUUUUAUACAAAUGGAGGACCGGCUCAAUACGCUCCAGUCAAUUAUGCUGCUGCUAAUCUACAAGUAUAUUUACAGCAGCAACAACAGUCACCAUAUUAUCCUACAAAUAUGAUUCAACAUUGGGCUCAUCCUGCAACAGGUGCCUAUUAUACUACAGAUCUUAGUGGCAUAUUUUCUGUGAAUGGAUUGGCUCCCCAAGGAGCUUUUUCGAAACCUCAGAAUUCAAGAUAUAAUGUGUCACGUGCACCUGGUCGUACCAAUGGAAAAAUGCGUCAUAAUUCUGUUAGUGGUAGUGAAUAUUACCGAAGUUCAGCUUCAGAUAGUGGUUUACCAUCUCGUCCUGGUAGUUACACAUCAAAUGGAAGUUUGACCAAGUCAUCUAGUAGUAGUGGAUCAUUACAUAUUUCCAAUGCAACCAGAAACUGUGUCGACAAUCAAGAUUCUACUGUAGUUGAUAGACAGUCAAGUGGAACAAUUAAUGUCCCAAAAGAUCCUACAACAUUGCCACCUAGAUAUAGGCGAAGGAAGAAAGAUGAUGAAAUAGGACCAGAAGUAGUAACCACAGGUACUAUACCACAGCCACCAACUGGUAGUUUUGAUUUGGCUGCUGAUGCGUUCCCUCCGUUACCACCUCAAGUUGUGUCCAUACCACACCAGUCACCAACUUCAUUGCCCCAUGACCAGUUGUCACCUCGUAAUCACAUUGAUCCUAGGAUUUCUGUAAUUUCAUCUUCGAGUAUAUCGGCAGUUCUGCCUGAACCCUCUAUAUCUAAGACUGAUGAUAUGGACCUAACUGUGAAUUCAGAGAGUCUAUCUAAUGGUUUACAAACAGUGCCUCCUAUUGGGUCUGUACCUGUGACUGCAAUCAUUGAUGAUGUAUCCAAUAUGUCUAUGAGCUCUAUUAAUUUGCACCCAAAGGUUCAGGAUAUUGUUACGACUUCGAAUUCUAUAAUAAAUCCUACAGAUAAGACUGUAAUGCCAGCGAAAUCUGACAUGCCACCUACUAUGCCUAAAGCCAAUGGUACAUCUCUUAAUACUAAACCAACUGUAUCAAAUCAUAAGGCUGCUUUGCCAUCACAAUGUGCUUGUGUCAUACCACAACCACCUGCUACUUUUUCAGCAGAUAUGGCUAACAACAAUCCCGUUCUUAAUGGGAAUGGUUCUCCAAAUAUUGGACAUAAACUAAGUUAUGCACAAGUAGCACAGCAUCACAAAGAAAGGAGUGAGAGCCACAUUCCUACCAUUAUCACAUUUGGGCAAUCUCCUAUUGUAGAAGAAGAAAAAAAAGAAGAUACUACCAUACCUGUAGUGAUACAGUCUAAACAAUCAAACAAUACAUCAGAUGGUCUUCUAACAAAUCGAUCUGGUAAAGGACACAAAACAGCAAAUAGUGAACGGGGAACAAUUCCCAGAAAAGAAAGAUCGUCAAAAUUCAAUCGUACCAAGUCUCCUAAGUAAAAUUUUUAAAAGGCCUGAGUAUUAGUUGUAACUCAACAACUUAUAAACAAUGGUUCUAUGAAAGUGUUAAAUUAUCCCAUGAAACGAUAUGAUACAUUUGUCAUCCACAUCCGUUAUUCGACCAAUUUUAUUUAUUUAUUUUAUUUUAUGUUUUUUUUUUUUUUUUUACAUUCUUAUUUAACUUUUUUUUUUAGUUUAAUUUUUACUGAUUUUCAUAUAAAAUAUAUGUUUAAAAAAUCGGAGUGGAAGUGUUCUAGUUAUGUGUAAUAGCAGAACAAUGUUACAAUGUUUUAUGGUUAAACGUGAUAAGUAGACAUCAGGUUUUUAUUUUAUUUUAUUUAUUUAUUUUUUUUUUAUGGAAAAAUUAAUAAUUUCAUACCGCUUAAAUGUCUUAUGAAAAUGUUCCCAAAUUUAAAUGAAAGAUGAAAUAGUAAAAAAAAAUUAAUUAAAACUAAGUUAUAGUUAGUAGACUAGAUUUUUUUUUUAAUUUUUACCGCGGCCAUGAUUACAAAUGGUCAAUAAUAUAUUUAAUAAAUUUAAUUCUUCAAAUAUAUAGAAUAUAGUUAAUCUAAUUAAUAUGAUGUAGUUAAAUGUAAAUUAUUUGAUGAGAGUUAUCUAUUUGGGGUUUUCUGUCUUAUUUUAUCAUUUAAACUAUACAAUACAUUUUGCAUACUAUCAAGCAAAAAAUAAAUUAAAAUUAACUUCUGAACAAAACAUUGUUUCUCUAAAUGCAAGGUGAAUAAAUCGAAAAUAGUUCAAUUCAAUGUUUACUUAGUUUGUUUUGCUCAACUUACAUUAAUACUUAUUACAAAUGUGUACUAAUCUAAAUUUACAUCAAUCUUUAAAUAUUGAUCCAGAAAAAAUCCCUUUUCCCAUAUUUUUUUUUAGUUAGUUACAUGUUCAACAAGUUCAUACCUACUUUUAUUUGAUUUUUUUUUUUCGUUACCAAUUUUUGGGUGUUCAUCAAGUCAUAAAUUUUUGUUUGGGUUAAUUUAAAAACUAUAUACUGGUCUUAUGAUAAUAGAUUUUAACAUGAAAAUAUGUUAUCUAAGAAAAAUCUCUUCAAAUCAAAAAUAUUUUGCAUAAUUUGCCUUUUUAGUUACCAUAAUAUUUGUCAUUUAAAUUUGCUAACAUUUAAACAUAAUUAUAAAUAAAAACACUAUUAAUAAAUUGAAUAUGAAAUUAUCUGGUGUAAAUAGUAUAUGUAUGCUCUUAAUUUAAUUGCCACUGAAUUCUCUAUUAAUUUUCAUUGUUUGAUGAAAAAAUUAAAAACAAUUAUUUAUCUAAUUAUUAUUAUUAUUAUUAUUAUUAUUUUUAUUAUUAUUAUUAUUAUUAUUAAUUUAUUAUUAUUUUGUUUAUUGUUACAUAGUGGUUGAUACAUUCGACAAUGUAUUGUAAUGGCCAUAUAUGUGUUAUGUUUGUUGUUUAUUGUUUUAAAAAUAGAGUAGGUAUAUGGCUUAAAUAAAAUAUAUAAUAUAAUAAAAUAAGAAAAUAAGAAAAAAAAGCUCAUAAUGGAAGCCCCAUUAAGUAUUGUUUGUUUGUUUUAUCUUUUUUGUUUUUAGUUGUUUAAUUAUUUUGGGUUAUAUUGUGUUAUUUGUAAUCUUCAUUUAGAAUGUCUCGAUAUUGGAUAUUAUAAAAAUUUUACAUUUCAAGAACAUUUUAAAAUGUAAUUAGUUGGAAGGAUACUGGGAUGACAUUUUUUCUUUUGACAAAAUGUAUAUUUUUUUAUUAAUCAUGUAUAUACUUGUUAUUUUUUUUUUAAAAUACCUAAAUAGCUAAAUAAUUAACAUAUACAUAUUUAAGUGGAAUUAGGAAUUAAUUUCCCUUAGUACUAGUCAUGGGAGGCUAAUAUUAAUGAUUAUAUAUUUAUAUAUUUAUAAUAUAUUAUUAUUAUAUUAUUAUAUUUAUAUUUAUAUAUAUUUAUACAUACAUGUCUAUACAAUGUGUGUUAGCUUAUGGUUUAAUUUAUUAACUGAUUUUCCAAUCAUUAAUUAUCUGAUUUUUAUUUACUUUAAUAAAAAAAAUUGUGUAAGAUAUUAUUGAAUAAGAUUGCAAACCUGCUUUUUGAACAUAAUUAACCAUGUACCUAGUAAUAUAUAAUUAAUACAAAAUGUAUAUAUCUUAUUAAGUAUAAAUAACUGCCUUGGUAAUUAAAUGUAUCUUUUAUUAGUCACGUGACUGAAACUAAUACAUUUGAAUCUUUAUCAUUACCAUUAAUAAAUAUUAAUACAAGCGCACAGUGUUUUAAAUUACACUAUUUCAAAUAUUUCUUGGAAGUUAUUGUGGUGAAGGGUUUGCUUGAUUGGAAAAUUAGAAAUUCUUUGUAACCUAAUGGCUAUCAUUUAAUAUUUUUAUUUAUUUUUUUUUUUUUUUGACCAUGCCCUGACACAAUUUGUAUAUGAAAAUGUGUGUUAAUGCAUAUUUUUUCCUAGUUGAAGGAAACCGAAAAAAAAAUACUGCAAAUAAAAAUAUAAAAACAAAAAAAAAUUGACUCAUUUCUUUAUUAUACUUUUUAAUUUUAAUUAAUUGACAGAUUACAAACAAUUAAAAAGUAUAAAUUUUUGGUUUGUUGAAUUUUUAUUUUCUUUAGAUGUCAAAUGUAUAUUCUUUUGUAGUCAUUGAAUUAUUUGCAAAAAUAAAUGAAUAUCGAAGCUCAAUAGUAUUAAAUUAUUAUUUCUUUUACUUGCCUUGAUGACUUGUUUUGAAAUCAUUUAGUUCCAUUAUUUGUUGUAAAUGUUUUGUUUUAUAAUUAAGUCAAAUUUACUAAUAUAUAUUCAAUUUAUAUAUAAAUAAAUAAUAUUUUUAAAAGUAUACUCUUUGUUAUCAUUAUAGUAUGGUAAUCAAAAAUAUUAAUUCCCAAGGUAGACUACUUCAUUAAUAAUAUUUAAGCCUAUGGUGCAUGCAUCAUAAACCUAGUAUCUAUUUCAUAAAAUUGUUUUCUAAUUGAUCAUUUUUGUUUUAGCAUAUUAUUAUCAUUAUAAAUGACUUUUGACAUUACCUAUUUAGUAUUUAUGUAGGCCUUCCAGGUUUUUAUAUUAUAUAAAGUUUACAGUCAGCCCUAGUAUUCCAUAUUGUUAGAUAUAAAUGAUAUAAUAAUAUUAUCCAUGAUUUUAUUAUAAUCCCCCCCUCUCUGCCAGAUUUUCAUCAACCUGUACUGUUGUGCCUAAUUCCACUGUUUUUGUUACAAUAUUAUAUAAUAAUAAUAAUCUUAUAAAAACUGAGUGUUUAUUGAUCAUAAUAUAUAUUAUUAAUAAAUUGUUACAUGUGAAUUCAAACGGUAACACGAUGUACAGUGAUUAUAAUAAUUAUAAUUUCAAAUCGCAUUAACGUUUGAAACCAGUUGACUGAUCCAUUUAUUUCUGUUUUAAUCGAAAACUAUUUUAACUUAUUUAUAUUUAUAUUUUUUAAAAAUUCGUAAAAACUAUUAUUAUACUGAUAAUUAUAAUAAUAUGAAUAUUUAAAAAAGAAUAAACGUGGUUAUGUAAUUGUUAAGGUGUAAAUAAUAAUAUGUUCUUUCAAACUGGAUUUCAUGACCAUCUAGUAAGAAAAAAAAAAUAUACUAAUAAUUAAAGCUUUAUUUAGUUGUGUUUUCUCCUUUUAAAAUUGUGUGCGGUAUAUCCCACUGGAUAACGUGCUAAUUAAUUAAUGUGUUUAAUGUUCAUGGAGUCUUGUUUGAUUUGGAAUUUUUGUGAUAUUUGAUUAUUAAUCUUAUAAAUACAUACAUUAUAUAUAAAGAAAAACAAAUAGCAGACCUUGUUUUAUUGUAUUUUAUCAUAGAUAUGUAUAACAAUUAUAUGGUAAUUGUACAAUAA